AUGGCAAAUGACCACACUGGGGAAGGCGAAUCCAGAUCAGCUGCAAACGCAGAACACAUUCCUGUAAAUUCUGUUUCUUCCUCUGGGCGUCCAUCUUCUCCAGUCAGCUCGUGUCCACCCGCAGAAUUCACGUCAAUCCGCAGUGCCCCAUCAGAUACCCAGGCAGAUUCUAUAGGGUCCGCGUUGGAUGAUAAUGGCGUCGCACGUACUGUGUCUCGCCGACGCAGCUAUGCCUCCGGUCAUGAUACCAAAGGAGAAGAAUGGGCUCAGAUAGAAAGGCUGAUCUCAAGGAUGUUCGGCUCUGAGCGCAAAGCAAAUUCCGAAGAAGAGAAAACACGUCAUGUUGGAGUGGUAUGGAAAGAUCUCACAGUGAAGGGCGUGGGCCUUGGAGCUGCCCUCCAACCCACCAACGGGGACAUUUUUCUCGGGUUGCCUCGGCUCAUCAAGCAACUCUUCACUCGAGGGAGGAAAGGUACCGGGGCUGGGAAAUCAUCGAUACGAACCAUCUUAGAUGAUUUCACUGGCUGUGUUCGUCCUGGGGAGAUGCUUCUUGUUUUGGGCCGUCCCGGCUCUGGUUGUUCAACUUUCUUAAAAGUGCUCGGCAAUCAACGAGCGGGCUACGAAAGUAUUGAAGGCGAUGUGCGCUAUGGCGGCACCGAUUCAGAAAAGAUGGCAAAGCAGUAUAGGUCCGAAGUUUUGUACAACCCCGAGGAUGAUCUCCAUUACGCAACUUUGACUGUGCGAGACACACUCCUUUUUGCCUUGAAAUCCCGAACUCCUGACAAGGCGUCCCGAAUUUCAGGUGAAAGCCGAAAGGAAUAUCAGGAGACCUUCUUGUCUGCCAUAGCCAAGUUGUUCUGGAUUGAACAUGCUCUGGGAACUAGAGUUGGCAACGAACUCAUUCGCGGAGUUUCCGGGGGCGAGAAAAAGCGAACCUCAAUUGCUGAAGCUAUGGUUACAAAGGCUAGCACCCAGUGCUGGGAUAACUCUACCAAGGGCUUAGAUGCCAGCACGGCGCUGGAGUAUGUUCAAAGCUUGAGAAGUCUAACAAACACCGCCAACGUUUCAACGGUGGUAGCUCUCUACCAAGCCUCGGAGAAUUUAUUUAAUCUUUUUGAUAAGGUGAUUCUGAUCGAAGAUGGGAAAUGCUCUUUCUUCGGACCUAGCCAGGAUGCAAAGGCAUAUUUUGAACGACAGGGCUUUAAAUGCCCCCCGCGUUGGACAACCCCCGACUUUUUGACUUCGGUCAGUGACCCUCAUGCAAGACGGAUCAAAGAUGGCUGGCAUGACCGAAUCCCUCGGAAUGCAGCUGAGUUCCAAGCUGCAUAUCGCAAUAGUGAUGCUUACCAACGCAACCUGGCGGAUAUUCAAAACUUUGAGGGUGACAUCGAAGCCCAAAGGCAGGAGAGAGAGGCAGCAAGAAGCACCACCAAACGGAAAAACUUCACGAUCUCAUUCUACAAACAGGUUAUGAUCCUCACACAUCGCCAGUUCCUGGUGAUGCUUGGGGACAGAGAGUCAUUUAUUGGAAAGUGGAGUGUGAUAACCUUUCAAGCCCUCAUUGUUGGAAGCUUGUUUUACAAUCUCCCGGAUACAAGCAAUGGCGUAUUUACGAGGGGUGGUGUGAUGUUCUUUAUACUACUUUUCAAUUCAUUGCUUGCUAUGGCAGAGUUGACAGCAGCAUUUUACAGUCGACCAAUCUUGUUGAAACAUAAAAGCUUUUCUUUCUAUCGCCCAGCAGCAUAUGCACUUGCCCAGGUUGUAGUUGAUGUGCCCAUUGUGCUCAUACAAGUCGUUCUUUUUGAUAUCAUAGUAUACUUCAUGGCAAACCUUGCGCGGACACCUUCACAGUUCUUCAUAAACCUGCUUUUCAUUUUUAUUCUCACAAUGACCAUGUACUCGUUCUUUCGUGCCCUUGGGGCUCUAUGUGUCUCUUUGGAUGUUGCCACACGUCUCACUGGUGUCGCCAUACAAGCAUUGAUUGUGUACACAGGCUAUCUGAUUCCCCCGUGGAAAAUGCAUCCGUGGUUAAAGUGGCUCAUUUGGAUCAACCCUGUCCAAUACGCAUUUGAGGCAUUGAUGGCCAAUGAGUUUCACAAUCUCCAGAUAAAAUGCGAACCGCCAUACAUUGUUCCCGAUGGGCCAAAUGCGGUGCCUGGUCAUCAAUCCUGCACAAUCCAAGGCAGCGAUCCAGACCAGUUGAUCGUCCAUGGCCCCAAGUAUAUCCAAACGGCGUACACUUACAGCAGAGCUCAUCUGUGGCGGAAUUUCGGUAUCAUAUUCGGAUGGCUAAUUCUUUUCGUCUGUUUGACAAUGCUGGGAAUGGAAUUGCAGAGACCUAAUAAGGGUGGCAGUUCGGUUACGGUGUUCAAAAGAGGCGAAGCCCCCAAAGCAGUUGAAGACGCGAUAAAACGAUCCGGUCCCCGUGAAGAUGAGGAAUCAGCGGAGAAGAAUGGCAUAGCAGCCACAAAAAAUGAUGGCGAUUCGAAUGAAUCCAGCGACAAGGUCCAGGACGUUGCUAAAAACACGGCAAUCUUUACGUGGCAAGACGUCAACUACACCAUUCCAUACAAAGGUGCACAGAGGCAACUGUUGCAAAAUGUUCAAGGAUAUGUCAAGCCUGGUCGACUGACUGCAUUAAUGGGCGCUUCUGGUUCAGGCAAAACCACAUUGCUUAAUGCGCUAGCACAGCGGAUCAAUUUUGGUGUGGUCACUGGCAACUUUUUAGUUGAUGGCAGACCUCUACCAAAGAGCUUCCAGAGAGCGACAGGAUUCGCCGAGCAAAUGGACAUUCAUGAACCUACUGCUACUGUACGGGAGUCUCUUCGGUUCUCUGCGCUGUUGAGGCAACCGAAAGAAGUCCCAUUACAAGAAAAGUAUGAUUAUUGUGAGACAAUCAUUGACUUGUUAGAAAUGCGGUCCAUCGCCGGCGCAACCGUCGGAUCUGUGGGAUCAGGUCUCAACCAGGAGCAGCGAAAACGACUCACAAUUGCAGUAGAACUGGCAAGUAAACCAGAGCUGUUGCUUUUCUUGGACGAGCCCACGUCCGGCCUCGAUUCUCUGGCGGCGUUCAAUAUCGUGCGCUUCCUUCGCCGACUUGCAGAUGCUGGCCAGGCAGUUCUCUGUACAAUCCAUCAACCCUCUGCCGUGUUGUUUGAGAAUUUCGAUGAACUCUUGCUGCUAAAAAGCGGUGGGAGUGUUGUUUACAAUGGGCCACUUGAAAAUGACUCCAAGACGCUGAUUGAUUACUUCGAACAAAACGGCGGGAGGAAGUGCUCACCGCAUGAAAAUCCGGCAGAGUAUAUGUUGGAAGUCAUUGGAGCCGGAAACCCUGAUUACAAGGGGCAGGACUGGGGCAAUGUAUGGGCCAACUCGCCAGAGUCCAAGCAGCUUUCUGAGGAUCUAGAGGGUAUCAUUGCCUCCCGUCGCAAUUCUCAGAGUGACGAGAAGACUAAAGACGGUCGUGAGUACGCAAUGCCUCUCUACGUUCAAGUAGUUGCAGUUACCAAGCGCGCAUUCGUGGCUUACUGGAGGAGCCCAGACUACAUCCUUGGUAAAUUUAUGCUCCACAUCUUUACCGGUCUUUUCAACACCUUCACAUUCUGGCAUCUGGGAAAUAGCUUCAUCGACAUGCAAUCACGACUCUUCUCUGUCUUCAUGACAUUGACAAUAGCUCCGCCACUGAUACAGCAACUCCAACCGCGAUAUAUCUAUCUUCGAGGCCUUUACAUAUCACGCGAAGCUAACUCCAAGAUUUACACUUGGGCUGCCUUUGUGACGAGCACAAUUGUUCCAGAACUACCAUACUCGAUUGUAGCCGGGUCAAUUUACUUUAACUGCUGGUACUGGGGAACUUGGUUCCCACGCGACUCGUUCAGUUCCGGCUACGUGUGGAUGUCUCUGAUGCUCUUUGAGCUAUACUACAUUGGACUCGGCCAAUUCAUCGCCGCACUUGCACCCAAUGAGCUCUUUGCGAGCUUGCUUGUGCCGACUUUCUUUACCUUUAUUGUUUCCUUCUGCGGUGUUCUUGUUCCUUAUGCCACAUUGCCGCAUUUUUGGCAAUCGUGGAUGUACUGGCUUACACCUUUCCACUAUCUACUUGAGGGAUUUCUCGGAGUCGUCGUGCAUAAUGUCCCCAUACGCUGUAUUGAGCGUGAAGAAGCCCACUUUAGCGCUCCGGCUGGCAUGAACUGCCAAGAGUAUGCUGGUUCUUAUGCACAAAAAGCUGGUGGAUAUGUCCGAGAUGCUGGGAAUGGAAUGUGUUCAUUCUGUCAAUACUCGACUGGUGAUCAAUAUGCAAAGAGCCUCAAUGUGUUUUACUCGCACAAGUGGAGGAGUUAUGGAAUCUUCUGGGGAUAUAUAUUCUUCAACUUUGCUCUUGUUUUCGCCUUUUCCUGGUUGUAUUUGCACGGCGUGAGCAACAUGAAACGUUGGUUCAGUGAGCGUAAGACGAGAAAGGGCAGAGAUCAUUCUUGA